UUUCAAUUCGAAGCUGAGUGUAGCUCAUUCGACUUCUCAAUCUUAUUACCUCCUAUUCAAAAUGGUUCUGCCAAUGAUUAAUAAGGCUCUUCGUUUCAGCAGCCUUGGCGGUGACUUGGAGCUCUUGGAGAAGGAAGUACUUCCUCUCCCAACGAACGAGAUCCUUGUCAAGGUUCACGCUGCGUCAAUCAAUCCUUGUGAUAUCCAGCUAUGGAGAUCAGGAUUAAUUGCCGUGGUAGCAGGAGAUAAGGGGAUGGGGAAAGAUUUCUCAGGUACUGUAGUAUCGGUUGGCUCGGGCGUGAAAGGAUGGGCCGAGGGCGAUGAUAUAUUUGGUUUACUGUUCCACGUUUUCGGUCAAAGCACUUUCAGCGAGUAUAUCAAUGUCGACCCAUCAACGGACCCAAUUGCCAAGAAACCCGGUUUCUUCACCCACGAGGAGGCAGCAUCGAUUCCUCUGGUAGCUCUUACAGCGUAUGCUUGUCUUGAAUGGCUCCCUCCAGCAUCAAAUACUCAGAGGAGAGUAGUUAUCCGAGGAGCUUCAGGUGGUACAGGUACUUGGCUUGUCCAGUUAGCAAAAGCAACCUAUAACUGCCACAUAACAGCCAUCUGCUCCUCCAAAAAUGCAGAAUUCGUCGAAUCUCUCGGCGCGGACGAAGUGAUCGACUACACAACCCAAGACAUCACUCAAACCCUCUCAUCAAAUAUCUCAUCCAACCAAAAAUAUGACCUAAUAGUCGACUGCGUCGGCGGAAAGGAGCUGUUCUCAUCCUACGAGCAACUCCUGCACCCCAAAGGCACUUACAUAACCAUCGUCGGCGACAAAACCAAUGUCCGUUGGCUCAGCGGGCCCAUUACCUACCUCUGGAGCCCCACCCAAGUCCUCCGAUACCUAAAAGGCUAUAUCUGGGGUCCACGCUACGCAUGCGUUUCUUUCGUUACCGAUUCCAGUUGCCUAGAGGCCGUGGUGAGGCUUGCGGAGAGAGGAGAAGUGAAGGCUGUUGUGCAGGAGGCUAUCCAGGGUUUGUUCGAUGAGAGAGAGGGGUGGAGAGUAGCCGUCAGGAAGAUGGAGGAGGGCAGGGUUAGGGGAAAGGUUGUGCUUCCUAUUCCUUGACGUAAAUAUUUCAGGGAGAGGAGUGGAGGAGCAAAUAAAUGGAGGAAAUGGUGUUAAGUGGCCCAGUGGUAUUCUUGGUACCUUGCAUCAAGCCAAACUGCUGGUAUACCGACUCUGGACUGUUUUCCUAAAGAGGGUGUACGGGUAUUGGGGGUACCCGGAUAUUUGGAAUUCCAGAUUACAUUCCUGAUUUCGGCCAGUCAUGUUCCUUCGUUCUAUGAUCAGUGGAGUGUGGGUAGCUGAAUGCAGCUUAGCAGUACCUCCGUCUCCGAGUGUGGUAAUCAACAAUGUGAAGUUUCUUGGCAUUGUGGCAGGCAAAUCCAAAUAUAUGAAUCUGCUUCCCCG